UGGGGCUGACAACUCCGAGUGCGGGAAAGGGAGUGAGGCGGCUGUACGCUGUCUGGAAGACGACAGUUGGGCGAGGAGGCGAGUGACAUAAUAGCCGCGCGCUCACGGCUCCUGACGGUGGCCGCUGCGUCUGCGUACGGGGAGCUGGUUGCCGCUGCGGCCGCCUGGAAUUGUGGGGGUUGUGUCUGCCCCUCGGCUGCCGGGCGGGAAGCCGAAGAAUACAACAUUGGAAAUCAUCUUACCCUGGGACUUCCCUGGUGGCGCAGUGGUUAAGAAUCCUCCUGCCAAUGCAGGGGACACAGGUUCCAUCCCUGGUCCGGGAAGGUCCCGCAUGCCUCGGAGCAACUAAGCCUGUGCGCCACAACUACUGAGCCUGCACUCUAGAGCCCGCGAGCCACAGCUACUGAGCCCGCGUGCCACAGCUACUGAAGCCCGCGCGCCUAGAGCCCGUGCUCCACAACAAGAGAAGCCACCGCAAUGAGAAGCCCCCGCGCGCACCGCAACAAAGAGUAGUGCUACCCCGCUCGCCGCAACCAGAGAAAGCCCGCGCACAGCAAUGAAGACCCAAUGCAGCCAUAAAUAAAUAAGCCCCUAACUAUGCCUCACCAGGGCCUGCUUCUAUUUAGGAUGGCUCCUCUGGGCAUGCUGCUCGGCAUGCUGAUGACCUCCUGCUUCACCUUCUGCCUCAGUCAUAAGAACUCGGAGUUUGCACUGACCAACCCAGAGGAGAGCAGCACCAAAGAAACAGAGAGAAAGGAAACCACAGCAGAGGAGGAGCUGGAUCCCAAGGUCCUGGAGGUGUUUCACCCGACCCAUGAGUGGCAGGCACUUCGGCCAGGUCAUGCUGUUCCUGCAGGAUCCCAUGUGCGGCUGAAUCUCCAGACUGGGGCAAGAGAAGUGAAACUCCAAGAUGAGGACAAGCUUCGAAAUAAUUUGAAAGGGUUGAAAAAAGGCAAAAGGCUGGACAUCAACACCAAUACCUAUACAUCUCAGGACCUCAAGAGCGCACUGGCAAAAUUCAAGGAGGGGGCAGAUAUGGACAGUUCAAAGGAAGACAAGGCAAGGCAGGCCAAAGUUAAACGGCUCUUCCGUCCCAUUGAGGAGCUGAAGAAGGACUUUGAGGAGCUGAACAUUGUCAUUGAGACUGACAUGCAGAUCAUGGUACGACUGAUCAACAAGUUCAAUAGUUCCAACUCCAGCCUGGAAGAGAAGAUUGCGGCACUCUUUGAUCUUGAAUAUUAUGUCCAUCAGAUGGAUAAUGCACAGGACCUGCUUUCCUUCGGUGGCCUUCAAGUGGUGAUCAAUGGGCUGAACAGCACAGAACCCCUGCUGAAGGAGUAUGCUGCGUUUGUGCUGGGGGCUGCCUUUUCCAGCAACCCAAAGGUCCAGGUGGAAGCCAUUGAGGGAGGAGCCUUGCAGAAGUUGCUGGUCGUUCUGGCCACGGAGCAGUCUCUCACUGCAAAGAAGAAGGUUCUGUUUGCCCUGUGCUCCUUAUUGCGACACUUCCCCUAUGCCCAGCAGCAGUUCCUGAAGCUGGGGGGGCUGCAGGUGCUGAGGAGUCUUGUCCAGGAGAAGGGCAUGGAGGUGCUGGCCGUGCGCGUGGUCACUCUGCUCUACGACCUGGUCACUGAGAAGAUGUUUGCUGAGGAGGAGGCCGAGCUGAUGCGGGAGACGUCCCCAGAGAAGCUGCAGCAGUAUCGCCAGGUGCACCUCCUGCCAGGCCUUCAGGAACAGGGCUGGUGCGAGAUCACUGCCCACCUCCUGGCACUGCCAGAGCACGAUGCCCGCGAAAAGGUCCUACAGACGCUGGGUGCCCUCCUGGCCACCUGUCGGGACCGCUACCGUCAGGACCCGCAGCUCAACAGGACGCUGGUCACCCUCCAGGCUGAGUACCAGGCACUGGCUGCCCUGGAGCUUCAGGAUGGCGAGGAUGAGGGCUACUUCUGGGAACUCCUGGGCUCUAUCAACAGCUUGCUGAAGGAGCUAAGAUGAGGCUGCCCCUGACACUGGGACUGGACUGGGACACUGCUCGUGAGGCUGAGGGGCACCAGCUGGGGUGGGCUCUUCAGGGGAUACCAGCUAGGAGGGAGGACUUCCCCACUGGGGCCUGGGCAUCAUCUGGGCAGUGCUGGCCUGGCCAUUAAAUGGAAGCAUGAAGGCCA